AUGAGCUACUACAGCAACUAUUACGGAGGCCUGGGCUAUGGCUAUGGAGGCUUUGGGGGCCUGGGCUAUGGCUAUGGAAGCUAUGGCUGUGGAUGUAACAGCAUCCGCAGACUGGGCUGUGGCUGUGGCUAUGGAGGCUACGGAUACGGCUGCUGCCGCCCUUCAUGCUGUGGAAGAUACGGGUUCUCCAGCUUCUACUGA